UACUGUAUGCAGCGUAAUUUUGUUCCAUGUUCCAUUAGCUGAGCGGCCCUGAGGGCAAGAGGCUUCCGCGUUGGAUUGUCCUCCCUCUCCGGCCAAUUCAUCAUCAGCAGCGCAGAGCAAUGGAUAUGUAACCUUAGUCCGAUGCUGCUGCUGCCUUCUCCAAUACAGCAUUAUCUGCAGUCACCUGCGACUCCGAUAGGCAAUCAAUAUUGAUAGACUGUUUGUAAGGAUUAUAGCCAUAAUGCAAUACGUCGCGGGGGGAAGGCUGGAAUUAUGAAGCAUGUCUAAGGUCACCGUUAAGAAGCUGCACUGGCGUUCGAAAGUGCAGGAGAGCUUCGUCCCACUGGGCGGGGCCUCUGGAGAGCUUGGUGUGGCCAUUGGGGGUGGUGCAGAUUAUGGAGAGUUCCCAUUUGUCACAGCAGCACCUGGAGGUGGAGCCACAGUUGGUGACAUCAUCCUAGAGAUUGGGAGUACACCUGUUCUGGGAUUGACCUUGGGAGACGUCAGAGGGGUUCUGAACUCAUGUCCACAUCCCAUCCGGAUCAAAACAGUCUUACCAGGUUCAACGCUCUGUAAGGAUUUGAGACUGUACCUGAGCAAGUGUUUUACACCAGGAUCCAUGGACAGCCAACUCCAACAGGUCAUUCGAGAGAACCUCUAUCUGCGUGCCGUGCCCUGUACAACCAGGCAACCACGGGACGGAGAAAUCUCAGGGGUGGAUUAUAACUUUGUAUCCAUUGAGGAAUUCUUCUCCCUGGAGGAGUCUGGAGCCCUUCUGGAAAGUGGGAAGUUCAAAGGGAACUACUAUGGAACACCUCGGCCGGUACACAUUGGCCCCGACAGUCCCCCCAUUACAUACCAGGAACACAGAAACCUCCUGAGGAACUUCCGUACCCGCAGCAAAUCGCUCAGCAACCUGGAAAAGGCAGUGGAGGAAGGUGACAACAGUGAGGAAGACUCUGGUCUGUCAGCGGGGUCUGCGGGAGCCAGCAGUGCCCCUCCCACCACAAUUGUCUCACCUAAUCAGACUUGGGACUUAGGCGCUGGGCGGGAUGGAGGUGUUGCCAUGGAGAAUGGGGCACGUGGAGGGGCAUUGCCUGAAAACUGGGAGCUGGCGUUCAGUGACACAGGCGAACCCUAUUACAUCAACCAUAACUCAAAGACCACAAGCUGGCUGGACCCAAGGACUCAGGGCAAAGAGAUUGUCAGCAAGAUGGAGUUACCUGCAUUCACAGAUCAACCAUCUGACCUGAAGGGCUAUUCCAUACACACACGCCUGUCGAAAGGGCCUCGUGGCUUUGGCUUUAACAUUGUGGGUGGCAGCAGACCUCGAGAGUUCCUGCAGGUGUACAGCGUCACCCCUGGAGGCCCACCUGCACUCAAAACAGCGGACAUCCUGGUGUGCAUCAAUGACACAUGUGUGCUGGGUCUGUCUCAUAAAGAAGUGGUGGAGAUGCUGAAAUCCGUCCCUAUGGGUCACAGUGUAGACGUGGUCCUCCGGCGAGGUUACCCCAUGCUCUACAACCCUGACGGCUGCCCCAAAACCAGUCUCUCCUCCCCCUCUGAUCCUAACAGUGCCAACCCUGCUGCCCCGGGUUCUGUACAGUCACAACCUCAGCAUCCCGAAGGACACCAGCCUGGCAUGGCGAACCUCAACCGCUCCAUGUCCCUCCACAACAGCUUCUUCCACCGCAUGCAGAAAGAGUCGUUGGAUGCUAAUGGCAACACAGCACCCCAAUCUUCCUAUUCCAUGGCCAAUGGCAAUGGUGUGGGAGGGACUAUAGGGUUGGGGGCAGUGCCUUCUUCAAAUGCUCCUCCCUCAUCAGAGAGAAUGAGCUCCAGUCACAGUGAUACGGAGGUCAGCUGUAUUGUCACACGCAGAGCUUCCCUUGUCCGCAGCUACAACAACAACUCUCUUCCCGCUCCCUCUCACGGCCACCACAGUUCCAAGUCUUCCGAGAGCAAUCUCUCCUCUACCACGCUCUCUCUGCCCCAACCUGAAGUGGGUCCGGCCAUCCAGCCACCAGGGGCGCCCAGCUCCCAGCAACCUCCCAUGCCCCAAACAUCUCUUGUUGUCUCUCCCCCAACUGAGCUCCCACCCUGUGGUUUUAACGGGUGUCCAGCCAACAACCUCCCACGACCUCAUCCAGGUGGCCUAGGAUCCCCCGGUGCCCCGGGUGGGGUAGGUUGCAGGGGAGGGGGUGAGCUGGUACCUGUGGCCUUGGGCAGGAGCGAGGGAGGGGGUAUGGGUUUCAGUGUGACGGCCGGGGGGCAGGGAGGGCAGCUGGCCGUGGUAAAGAGAGUCUGGGACAGGCGGCAAUGCCCCUCUCUACAGCCAGGGGAUGCUAUUAUUAAAAUCAACGGGGCAGAUGUGCAGAACCUCAGCUUUGCACAGGUUCAGCGGGUGCUUCAAGAACAUACUAAACAGGGUGAGGUGGUCUUACUGGUUUACAGAGGAGGUCCUCUCUGCUCUCCGGGCUCCCCAAAUGUCUAUAAGAGUCCUCCUCCCUCUCUGGGCACCCCUGAUCUGAUCUCUCCCUCCUCUGAUGGUGCUGUGCCCAGCCAGAGCACCCUUUCUCCCUCCUCACCCUCUGAUGACCUCCCCAACCUGGUCCAAAGCACCAGCUUCCUGGACUCAGUGCCCGUGACCCUCACUCUAGAGCCCCGUGACUGGUUAGGGAUUGACGAUGGAAUGGGUCAGUGGAGCGCUAACCUUGGAGCAGUGUCCAAAAGCCAUGCAGAUGGGAGGGGAGCAGCACCCUCCAGAGCGAUGGAGGUGGAGUUGAGACGGAGACCAGGGGAGGGGUUUGGAUUUGUCAUAGCCUCCCAGGAUGUAGUAAAUGGAUUAUCUCACCGGUUUGUGACUGUUCGUCGGGGGAGUCCAGCAGCACGCAGUGGUCAGAUCCAGCCGGGGGAUCAGUUAGAGGCGGUGGAGGGCAGAUCUGUGGUCACUCUGCCUCACAGAGACCUCGCACAGAUACUGCGCAGAGCCGGCAAUACACUCAGACUCACCAUUUUACCACGCUCCAACACUAACAAUAAUCUACCUGAGUACACUGACUUGGAAGCUGAGAGCCGGUCAAGAAAAGGGCAUAGAUCCAAGCAAAAGGACUCACAGUUUUAUAGUGUUGAUCUAGAGAGAGGCUCAACAGGUUUUGGCUUUAGUUUGAGAGGUGGAAGUGAGUAUAACAUGGGUCUUUAUGUCCUUGGCCUAAUGGAGGGUGGACCAGCCUCACGCAGUCAGAAAAUACAGGUUAGUGAUCAGCUCGUUGAGAUUAAUGGAGACAGCACAGCCGGGAUGACACACAGCCAGGCCGUGGAGCAGAUCCGCAAGGGAGGAAACUGGAUACACCUCAUACUAAAGAAAGGCAAUGGAUAUGUACCAGAUUAUGACCAUGAAACUGGAGAUGUCUCCCCCUCCUCUCUCUUUUCUAAAGAACUGCAUGUGGCUACAGUAAAUCACUCUCCUUCGAGAAGCAGCAGAUGGGUGGAUGAGAGAGGACAGGAGAGGAGAGAGAGGAGGGGGAAGGGAAACAUGAAAUCUGGGGGAAGGAGCAAAAAAAGAGGAACGGAGGAGGGCAGAGUCAUGUCUGAUAAUGAACGAGAAAAGGUUAGCACGAUGGGUAGCUCUCGGUGGACAGGAAGGAGGCGAAAGCAACAGCUGCAAUCACAGAGUUUACCCAGCACGCUGAGUCGUCGAGAGGGAAGACGGAGAGAAGAGGAGGAGGAAAUGAAAGGAGAGGGAGAAAGACAAAAAGCAAUGGGAAAAAGCAAGAUCAUGGGGGAAAGACGACAAAAAGUGAAAGAUUUUAGCUUUGAGAGAGAGAACAGUCACCCAGCGGAAGAAGAGAGAAUAGUAGAAAGAAAAAAGAAAGAUAACAACAGAACCAGCACACCGGAGGUCACACAGCAGGCACCCUUCUCCUUCCUCAUGCCUUUGGACAAUGAAGAUGAUGGGUCAGAUGCAGAAACAGUUCGCAGUUUCUCUGAAGUCAGUGUGUCGGCAGCCAGUAUCUCAUUCACGGGCACCCGGUGGGCCCUGGAGCACAUCAACCCUCUACAGGCCCCUGGAUCUUCUACUGCAGCCCCGGGACCCUGGCUAGUCCCCAGCCCUCACAAACUCUCUCAGGUUUUAGAGGGGAAAAGGCUGAGCCGGAAUAAGGGAGGACUGUGGUCCUAAUGCUGUUUCCCUUAAAUGGAUAGUUCACCCAAAAUAAAAAUUCUGUCAUCAUUUAUUCACAUUCUCAUGCCUUUCCAAACCCUUUUUUCUGUGACACAAAAGGACAUGUUAGGCAGAAUGUUAGCCCCAGUUACCAUUUACCUUCAUGGUAUGAAAAAAAGUUGUAAUGAAAGUGAAUGGUUACUGAGGCUAACGUAUGGAAGAAAGAAAGCCAUACUGGUUUGGAACAACAUGAGGGUGAGUAAAUGAUGACAGAAUAUUCACUUUAACUCUUUUCUCUCACUCUCUCUCACACAUAUAUACACACACACAGAUGUGCACACAACCUCUGUUUCUCAUACAGCUUCUCUAGCUCCCUCUCUGUAUGUGGUCUUCAGUACACAACUACCACCCCAUCAGUCCCUCUUCCAUCCUAAAUCCAUGUCCAUUUAGUCCUGAGUUAAGGCAUUGCAUAAUGAGGAGACCAAAGGAAAAUUGAAGUCAAGAUACUGCAGAGGUCUCCCAUACAGGCCAAUCAAGACUUAGUUUUAUCACCAUCUAGUGGCCAAGGAGAGACAAUGAGAAAUGCUGCCAUUACAUUUAGCAUUGGCUAGCAUAUUGGUAACUGCAAGGUCAGUUGUUAUGUGUCUAGUAUUCGUGGUGUCCUCAUCGCAUGUGUCUUUUUUCAUAAAAUUAUAAUAUAAAAAGGGGAAAAUUUAUUUAAGACAUGGUUGCUCAAUGCUGCUCACAAAAAUCUAUUGUCUGGGUGUGUUUGGACGUAAACUCUGCAAGAAAGUAGAUUUCCUGAAACAGAAUUGAUCAGCCUCGAUUUAAGAGAUUUUAUUAGCUGCUUGUUGAUUGUGACUGGAUUGUAACCCCCUUCCCUGAUGUGUGUGGUGGUCUUGCUGUUGAAACAGGGGAGAAGGAAGGAAGAAAACAGAACUAAAGUUUUAUUAUUGAGGCCAGUGAGCCAUAUCAAACCUCUCCAGGUGCCUUCUUCUUUAGCCAGUGUUUACCAAAAAAUAAACAAAUAAACAAGAAAAAGAACAUAAGACGUAGCAUAGAAGAAAGUGUGCAACACAAUACUGUUCUGCCUCUUUAAAGGGAUAGUUCAGGUAUUAUUACUCAUCCUCAUGUUGUUCCAAACCCAUAUGACUUACUUUAUUCUGUGGAACACAAAAGGAAAUUGUGAAUGUUGACUGAGGCUGUUCCACAGACAAAGAAAGUCAUAAGGGUUUGGAACAACUUGAGGGGGAGUAAAUGAUGAUAGAAUUUGUUUUACAUUUUUGGGUGAACUAUCCCUUUAACAUCUAUAUCUUUGCAAGACUUGGUUCACGAGUUGGGGAAAAUUCUGCACACGCUCUGCGAAACUUCAGCUUAUUGUCUUCAGAGUCAAAGUGAAAGAGAGCCAUUACAAGUGCCUCAUGCGAUGUUCCUUUAUACAGUACAUAGACUUCCCUCAAGCUUAAAAAUCAGGACCCAAAGUUUUUUUUUUUUUUUUUUUUUCAUUGUGGUACUUUGUGUUUGAAUGCUUUCCGAAUCAAUAUUUCAGACCCAUUUCAUUGCCCUCAACAUUUCAGAUAAAAAUUACGAAAACGAGAAAAUGAAGGCCGAUGGGUCCUAAUACCUGAGCCCUCCACCAAUCAGCAUCGAGCUUAAUGCGGAAUCUUCAUUUCAGGAGACUAAAAACAAAAAAAAAAACAAAAAAAAGAAGAAAAAAGGGCAUUUUGAUACAAGUCUUCUAUGCAUUUUAUAAGACUUACUGGUUAAAAAUUGUGGUAGAAUUUUUUUCUACCUUAGAUAUGAGAUUCAUAAUUUUUGUGUACUGUUAAAUACACAGGUCAGGUUGGUGAGUCAAAACCGAAAAUUAAAGGGAAGAUUUUCUGAGAUUUGGUGAUAAUCAGACAUGCUGUACCACCAGCUUAUGCAUUGUUCUUCACCUCAGAACUGUCUGAGCAAUAAGCGCUAUCUCUUUCUGUUCUGUGCCCUACCCAGCAAAGCUAGAUAAGCUCAUCAGAAAGCUGUGUUAGAAAUAUGCACAGUAAAAUCAUCUAGAUUGAUAGAUUAACUGGACUGAAAUGUAUCCGCACCAGUGUCAGAAAUUAACACCUAUUAUAGACACAGUUCACCCCAAACAAAAAAUUCAUUUACUAACCCUCAUGUCGUUCCAUACCCAAAUGGCUUUCUUUCUUUUAAUG